AUGGUAAAAGGUGAUGGGAUGGAUGAUUUUUUUCUAUAAAAAGGAAAACAAUACAAAUACAAAUCCUCUCAGGCAAUGACAAUACUAAAGUAAGUUGGAUUAGACUUACAUCAAUAAUGCUUCCACAACCACGGCAUUGCACAUUUUCUCUCAAUUCUCAUGAUUAAACUCUGGAAUCUAGCAUAAUCAAACACAAAUCUAUAUUAACAUUCAAAUAAUAUCUGCCAUAUAUUACUAAAUAAACAUUUUAAAGGAGUAACAGCCAUCUGAACUCACAUCCAUUGAUGCCUUUGUUCUGCCCGAAUUGUUUGGAGGGAAAAAGAGGGUUCAGGCCUUCAGGGCCUGCUUUUGUUUGAGGGGUGUGGUCAAAUUAGGAGUGGCUGGCUGCAUGUAGGGUGGAGUCCUGGGAUUUUAAAAAUAGGACUAAUAAAAAUACAUAAAUAAUAAUGAUAGUAACUUGGAUUUAUACAGUGCCUUUUAAGGUACCCAAGGCAUCUUUACAGAGUUUGGAAAAUAAAUUUGAAACAACCCAAGGACAGAAAAUACAAGUAGGGAAGCUGGGGGUGAUGACACUUUGCAGCUUGCAGACAUGCUGCAGGUGUGGUGUCCAGUCCAGAGUCGGCACCUCAGCUCCUGCUGCUUGACCUCGUCUGUGAGGAUCACCCUGUUUAAAACCCCACAGCCACUCAGCAACUGGGAGACAGUGAUGCCCGAAACCAGUGUCGACCACAUCACCGGGGGAGAUGUAAAAGAGGAGAUGUGAUAUGAGGUGAGAAUCUGACAAACUACUGAAUGGCUUUAUACAAUCAUGUUAAUCUACAACUUCCCGGAGGUUUUUGGCCAAUAGAGCAAUAUUUUUGAUGAACAGGUCCCUGUUCAAGAGAUGCACCAGCAGUUUUAGGCUAUUUCACUGCCUGACAGUUGGUGGCAGUAAUGAGACAAUAAUGUGCUCACUAACAUGGGUGUAAUCAAAAGUAUUUUUCACAAAUAUUCCUUCCAGCAAAUGUUCUUUGUUGAAGGAAAUGAAAUGAUCAUUUUGGUCAAGUUCAGACAAUGCCUUUUACGUGAAAAGUGUUUGCACACUUAUUAUAGUAUUUGGCUUCUUGAAAAACGUAUGAUUUGCCAUCUAUAACAUGGCAUUUGGCUGAGUUAUUAUUAUGAUAUUUAUGUUGUUGAAUUAAGUUGCAGUUAAAGAGUCCUGGCUGCAUAAUAUUUGCAACUAUUACUAAGGAAGCCUUUUAUUUGACACCUUCAGUACAUCAGCCAUUCACUCAAAUGAUGGGCUGCAACGAUGUACUGUUUUUACUUUGUGAAUAUAACAAUGACCUUUAGUGGCUGAAGUCUCACCAUAGAAGAAGAAUACAAAACUGUAAUGAAAGGAAGUGGGAACAAAUAUUAAUUCAAAUAUAAUUGAAUCUAUUAAAAUCCUCCAGAUUAUCGGAGAUCAAGAGCUGCACAGCAGCGUCUCCUCGUUGAUAAAAAUUGACUUGAUAAUAAGAACUAGUGUGAACCUCGUACACUUUGCAGACAGGGUAAACUAAUAAUGAUGGCAUUUUUCUUCGACUGUAGAAACAUUCUUCUGCUCAUCUUACUUAAGUCCGAAAAUCGACAUAGCUGACAUCUGCCACAUGUUCCUGCGCACGGUCCACUGCGCAGUUUACAUCUUGUUUGAUUAAACUUUGAGCAGGAUGACUCUGAUUUGUUUGUGAAGGUUGAGGUCUUUUGUCAAAAAAAAAAAAAGAAAAAAAAAUCAGCCAGGAAGCGAGAGAGAUAAUGCGGAAGAUAGUAAACCUUGUACAGUUGUGUAUGGAGCGCGCGUGCAGUAACCACGUUGACGUGCGACACACACACACACACACACACACAGAGGUUCCCUUCAGCGGCGGUGCGCACAGAGCAGACGGACGCAUUCACGUGUGAAACCUUGGAGAAGAACGAGGAAGUGGCGCAGCGUACCGACUUGAACAGGCGACGUCUCGUCUAAAGUGCGUCCGAAGUCUGUCAAAGUGAAAUGAGCAGAUUUGAGGGUUGAAGUGGAAAAAGCAGCCGUGCGCUUCUCGUGGUGCGCUCGAACCGCGGACUGAGCUCCCCGAUGCCCAAAGGGAGCAAGCGGAAGACAUCCAAGGACGUCGGGCUCCCGGGGACGGCAUCCACUAAUGCCGGCUCUCGCCUGGAGGGACGAACCUCCGCGAAGUGCCAGCAGGUCUGCGAUGAGCUCCUCCAGGACGCCGCUCCUGUCCCGCCGUCGCCCGCAACUGGUGCGCCGCGUGUGAUGGAUGCGCGCCGGGUCCCGCAGGUCACCAUCACCCCGGAGGGAGGCGGCUCCUCCCGGGAGAUGCAGCAGGAGGACUGGGAAGAUGCGGCGGACGGUGCCCUGCGCAGGAAACUGUCCAACUCCUCCAUCUCCUCCACGGGCUCCUCGGCUGUGGAGUCCGAAGAUGAUUUACUCAGCGACAACGAGAGCAAGAGCAAAGGCAUCAUCACCCUGGAGCAUCUGGUGGACACCGGGGAGAGUAAGCCGUGGUGGAAGUUAAAGACGAUUGUUCAAUGGCCAUUCAGCGCUACACAGAGGAGAAAACUAAACUGGGUUCAGCUCGCUGGGCAUAAAGGUAACUUCAAAGCGGCAGGUGAGGGCACCAUCCUGAAGAAAUUCUCAGAAAACGAGAUGCAGUGUUUCGAGAAGCUGAGGGAUGACGCGCUGCUCCCAUUUGUUCCUGGUUACCAUGGUGUUGUGGAAAAAGACGGAGAGUCUUUUCUCCAUAUGACUGACCUGCUGGAAAACUUUGACCUUCCCAAUGUCAUGGACUGUAAGAUGGGAGUGAGGACAUACUUGGAGGAGGAGCUUGUUCGAGCACGAGAACGGCCCAAGCCGAGGGAGGACCUGUACAAGAAAAUGGUGGAGGUGGACAGCGAAGGGCCGACUCCCCAGGAGCAUUCCCAACAAGGCGUCACCAAGCCACGCUACAUGCAGUGGAGGGAGACCAUGAGCUCCACCAACACCCUGGGCUUCAGGAUAGAAGGGAUCAAGAAAUGUGACGGUACAUGUCGAACUGACUUCAAGAAAACCAGAUGGAAGCAGGAUGUCAUCCAGGUGUUCAAGGACUUUGUUGGAGGGGACGUUAACAUCAUGAAGUCUUACCUGAGCAGACUGACGGAGAUCCGGCAGGCGCUAAAGACAUCAGAGUUCUUCAAGCGACACGAGGUCAUUGGCAGCUCUCUCCUCUUUAUCCAUGACCACACGGGCAAUGCACAGGUCUGGAUUAUUGACUUUGGCAAAACCACAGCGUUACCAGUGGGCCAGAUGUUGAACCAUGACAUUCCCUGGCAGGAAGGCAACCGGGAGGACGGUUACCUGUGGGGGCUGGAAAACCUCAUCCAAACAUUGGAGUCUGUAAGCAACAAAGGGACCAGUGAACAAACCUUUUGCUCAAUUACCAAAGAAAAAAGCCAGACUGUAGAAACAGAUGGCCAGUGACAUUUGACUUAUAAAUGUUUGCAAUGAACUCAAACUAUUUUAAUGGACACCGAAUAGAGACACUGAGGGAAGUAUGCUGAUUUGCUUCAAGAGCUCUAUGAGCAAUGAUAAAAGCUUAUUGAAAUAUUAGAAGACAGUGGGGCAGUGGGCAGAUACAAUCAACCCCCACAGUAAUUCCCAGGUCUGGCUUUUACAAUUUCAGCAAGAGACCAUAUUUGGCAAAGAAAGGUUUGGUGCUGAAAUUCAAAUUAAAGACAGCAUAGAAACAGAACAGAGAGGAGAACAGAGUCUUUCACUAGUUUGAGCAGAUGAACUGACACUAAUUCAACUUCCUUGGACAAAAGUGAAAGUGUAGCCUUUCAGUUAAGGGGUGUGAUGUAACAUGUGAAGGUAAUGCUCAGGGGAAAAACAAUCAAAAUUAAAUCAAGGAGAGUCAAGUCGUCAUUCCAUUACCCUUCAUGUUACAAACCUGAGUGUACUAUUAAAGCACAAUUUAUUUUCAUUAUGAACCUUGGGCAUAGUCCUCAAAGUUAUAGGACUACGACUAUAACACAUUCUCAGUAUGGUACUUCAUAAUGAUAAGACUUUAUUAUUUUGUAUUGUAUUGUUUAUCAAUUUAUAUUUCUUUUAUUGAUUUUAUUUGUGUAAUCAAACCUGUAAAUAUUUUUCAUUUCUUGUGUGUUUGCAGAUACAGAUGCAGCACAAUUUAUUUGUCUGGGAACGUAUGAAAUUGAUGAAAAAUAUACAUGGAAUUAAAGGGGACAGUGCAGUUUUCUUUGUAGUUUUCCAUAGCAAAACACUAUUUAUGGGUAUUUCAUAUAUUUGUCAGGACUGACGCCUGUACCUUUCUUCUUAUUGGUAGUAAACUGUGUGUAAAUGAUCAAACUUACACAAAUGAGAUAAAUAUAUGCUGAUUUAUUUGGGGCACAGUUAGGUAUGAUUAAAGUGUGAAAGACCAUAUUGCAUAGAAUGUCUUUGCACUAUUGUUUGAGGCAUAACACCCUCAGCUACUUAAAGAAUACAGGGGAAAAAAACUUUGACUGUCAAUCUACCAGGCCUUAAAAAAUAUACACUGAGCAAAACAUGUUUUUUUUCUCUGUAAAAUAUAUUCCACUGUAAUCAACAUUUGUGUGGCUCAAAGACAGAAAACUAUUCCUUUUAGUAAUUUACCUUUUCUGAAGAUGUUAUUUUCAAGUGGACUGUGGAGAAUAUAAGCUAAACCCUGACUAAUAUCAGCAGGCCUCAACAUAAAAACAUACAGAAAGCUAAUAAAACCCUUAUAUACUGUAAAUUUAACUAUUCGUUCAACAUAUUGAAAAAUAAAUUAUCAAAACGUUUAAGCUCAAAACACAGACAAAUAUCGGAGUACAACUAUUAAAUGGAUUAAACAAGAAUAACCUGAAAAUAUAAAAUCGUCAAACAGAGAUUUUCACAAUUGAAUCUUUGAUUAAUCAUAGAAGACUGAGAUACCUGCAGCAGCAUGUUUGGCAUUUCAAAGCUGAAUACCUCCCCUUGCUGAGUAAACAACUACCCCAGCAGCUGCAGAGUCGUGUGUCGAAUGGCAGUGAUUAACUAGAAGUACAUAUUCAUCACAAACAAUAAAUGGAUACAGAAAAUGUCAAAUAAAUGACAAAAUGGCUACAAAUGUAAUUGGUUAGUCCAGUGUAAGGAAGUGAGUACAAAAAUAGCAAUAGCAAUAUGUUCACAGGUCAGGUCGUCAAAUUCUAAAUGUUUGGACAUUCACGAAGCCCCCUGCGGUCCAAGUAGAUACGGGGACAAAAUCAAAGUCAAAUCGAGAUUUCUGCGGUUUGGUGGGGAAAAAGAAGUGACUCACAGAACAUCCACCCAGACAUUUUAAGCCACAAAGAGUCGGUGCUAAGCACAAACCAUUCACUGCCUUAAAGGAAUUCUUCCACAUUUUGGAAAAUAUAACAAUUUGCUGUCUUCUGCUGGGAGUAAAAUGAGAAGAUUGAUUGAUGUACACAGUGUGAGCUACAGCCAACAUUCAGUUAGCUUAGCACAAAGACUGGAAGGAGGGGGGGGGGACCAAUGUAAAAGACAGACAACAACAAAUGGUGUUAAGAGUUAGUGUGCCUUAAAUGUGCUGGUAGGUAUUGUGUAACUGGUUCCCAGUCGUAAUAUGCUAAGCAAAGCAGCUGCUGGUUGUAGCUUAAUAUCUUCAGUACCGACACAAGUGAGACACGUCUUCUCACAAACACAACCCAUGAGACAAUAUCAGCACGCUGUGAGCACAAAAGCUGAGGUCGCUCACAGCGUCGACGGGGAGAGAGUAAAAAACAUUCAACCAUCAGUCAGAGGGGGAUAAAUGAGGCUAUUUGUGUCAACAAACAAGGCUUACAAUCUCCUUCUGUGAUCGCAUUACUUAAAUUCCAUUCUUAGGCCAUGUGAUGAUAACAAACCGAACCAUCUCCAUGACAACUGAGCAACCUCAUCUUAAAAGGAAGUCCAGGAGAUGGGGCUGAAGGCUUAAAAAACACCACGUAAGUGAACACCAUGGUGACAGUUUUUGUUUUCCAAGGUCAAGAAUCAAAACUCCGGGCAAAAGAUCUUCCUCUAUGACAUUAUCUAGGUUAUUGCAGUAGUUUGGGAGGAUGUGUUUUCACAUUAUUUGGGAUGAAAGCAAAUCAGGUAACUAGUACUACAAGUUUAUAUUUGACUAUUUCUACAAACUCUGCUGAAAUGAAAACUUCUAAUAAAGCACAUUCUUUGA